AUGCCAGGUCUGAUCUGGUUGUGCGUCCUCUUGAUCGUCUCUUGCCAUGAUGGUGUUGAUGGCGUCACGGAGUUCAUAUACAAUGGGUUCGCCCGCAGCAAGCUCCACCUCGACGGUGAGGCUUCCAUCUCAAAACACGGCGUCCUCUCUCUAACGAGCAGCAGCUGCGGCGACAGCUCCUUCACCCAGGGGCAUGGUUUCCAUCCAGAAGCUCUUCCGUUUGUCAAUUCCCAUGGCGUGUCCAUGAGCUUCUCGGCCACUUUCGUGUUCUCCAUCACGCCCACUGACUCUGACACUUCCGGCGACGGGAUGGCAUUUGUCAUCUCCUUGGCCCCGCUGUCUGGUACCUGGACAGAUGGGCAAUACUUGGGACUUGUCAAUCAGGACGACGACGGUGGCACACUUGCAAACCGUUUCUUCGCCAUCGAGCUCGACACCGUAGCCAACUGGGAGUUCAGAGAUAUAGACAACAACCAUGUCGGGAUUGAUCUCAACAACCUAACGUCCGCCGCCUCUUCAACCGCAGGGUAUUACAGCGACAAUGUCGAGAAGGACUUCCACUUCUUCAAUCCACUGAGACUUUCUAGUGGAAAGCCAAUGCAGGUUUGGGUGGACUACUAUGAGAUGCAGCUCAACGUCACGCUUGCUCCUGUCCCCAUGAAUAAGCCCUCUUCACCGCUAUUGUCUUACUACCCCAUGGAUCUUGCAAAGGUCCUGAAGAAUGACACCAAAUCAAAGGCAGGGGUUCCAACCACAGCAUACGUCGGUUUCUCUGCCUCCAGCGGUGAUUGGUGUGCCUCCCAACAAAUUUUUGGGUGGAGCUUUCACCUGUAUGGACCGGCCAAACCACUUGACUUAUCGCUGCUGCUGCCGCCAUUAAAACAAGUACAAGAUAGUUCCAGACAAGAAGCCCAUGACAAGAAAAAAGUCGUCAAAUGGGUGCCCGCAACUAUAUCUUCACUUGCCAUACUUGCAGGUAUAACAACUUGCCUUCUGUUUCGAUGGUGGUGGUGCAAGAAGAGGAUGUCAGAGAGGAAUGAAGACUGGGAGGCUGAGCUUGGGCCCCACCGCUUCGCGUACAAGGACCUCCGCCAAGCAACAAAUGGCUUCGACGACAAUCAACUCCUUGGGAAAGGCGGCUUUGGGCAAGUCUAUAGAGGAGUCCUUGGCAACUCUGGCAUGGACAUCGCAGUGAAGCGGGUCUCCUCGGAGUCGAAGCAGGGGUUGACUGAAUUCACAGCUGAGGUCAUCAUCCUUGGUCGCCUACGACACCGAAACCUUGUCCGUCUGAUCGGCUAUUGCCGGCACAAGGUCGAGCUUCUCCUCGUCUACGAGUACAUGCCCAACGGCAGCCUGGAUAGCUACAUGCACACCCAGACUAGGCACACGAUGCUCUCAUGGUGUCAAAGGCUUCACAUCAUCAGAGGCGUCGCGUGCGGGCUUCUGUACCUCCACGAGGACUGGGAGCAGGUCAUCGUACACCGCGACAUCAAGGCCAGCAACGUCCUGCUUGACGGAGAAAUGAACGGCCGGCUCGGCGACUUCGGCCUCGCGAGGCUGCACGACCAUGGUGCCGACGCGCACACCACCCAUGUGGCCGGCACGAGGGGCUACCUCGCCCCUGAGCUGACAAGGUUUGGCAAGGCCACCAAGGCGACAGACGUGUUCGCAUUUGGUGCCUUUGUGCUAGAGGUGGCUUGUGGUAGGCGUCCGGUGGGGUUCAACGCCCGCGGCGAGCUGCUGGUGCUUGUCCAGUGGGUGCGCGACACAUGGGCGAGCGGCUCCUGCUCGAUCCUCGACACCGUUGAUCCAAGACUGGACGAAUAUGCUGCUGAUGAGGCGGAGCUGGUGCUCAAGCUGGGGCUGUUGUGUUCGCAUCCUUUACCUGUGGCAAGACCCAGUAUGCGCCUUGUUAUGCGGUACCUCGAUGGAGACUUACCCUUGCCCGAGUUCUCUCCUGAAUAUCUCAACAUUACAGAUGUCGAUCAGGUUCUUGAUGAAGUGCCUCCGUCAAUGGCAAACAGCAUUACAGGUCUGUCUGGAGGUAGAUGA